AUGUCGAACCUUUUGGAAGUGGUUGCUGCCCACAGGUUGGCAUUGCAUGAAUUUGUGGACAGCCAACACGAACUGCUCCAACAAGCUCUGGCCAAUGCGGAUCCCAAUUUGCUGGCUAGGGGCGAGAUAGCUGAUGACCAUUCCAGCUUGGCCAGGGGCGAGAUAGCUGAUGACCAAAGCCGAGAAAUUGGAAAAAAUCUACUUGGAGGCCAUUCCUUGAAAGUGGAGGUGGCACAGCAAUCGCUGCAGCCGACAUUGCCUGAUGAUAUCGACCCUUUACCGCCCGAUGUCCCCAAGACCGUAGGCAGCAACGAGAUGUCGAGUUUGAUGCCGUCAGAAUUGAAGUCUUACGAACUGGUGGAAGUGCAGCUUGACCAGGGAGCAGCCAAAGAGGGAGAUGCCAACCGGCAAUCCGUGGUGACCAGUUCCACCCACACCGGGGCGGCCAAAGCCUUCAGCGUCGAUGACAAGCAAACAAUAUUGUACCGCUUGGACCUGCUUGCCGGCAUUUGCGUCCUUGUGAAUUCCAUCUUCAUGGCCGUGGAGCUGGAAUUCGAAGGCCGCUUCAAUGGGCAGGAGCUGAAUCGAAGCGAUGCCCUUCCGGUUACAGACCCUUCGUGGUUCUUCUCCAUUGUGGAUAAUGUCUUUGCGGUGCUCUACUUCCUGGAAUUGACGUGUCGAAUAGCUGUCGAGAGGCGCAAGUUCUGUCAGACCGCAGCAAACUGGUUUGACAUCUUCUUGGCGACCAUUACCUGCAUGGACGUUUGGGUCUUAAGGCCUAUGGCUCUUUCAGGUGGGGCUACUGAUCAAAUGAUCCUUCUGAGAUUUAUGCGCGCAGUGAAGUCGAUGAGAGCCAUCCGCAUGGUGAGAACACUAAGACUGUUCCGUGGCUUGCGGGUCCUUGUCCAAGCAUGUUAUUCAUUUCUGCCCUCGCUGUGCUGGUCCAUGGUACUUCUUGCAAUCUUCAUGGUCAUGGGCGCCCUGAUGAUGGGAAACCUGCUGCAGGAAUUCAUUGCAGAUACCACCCAGGACAUGGACCAGCGUGAAUGGAUUUGGCAGCACUACGGUACUGCUUUGCGAGCCAUGUACACCUUGUAUGAAAUUACCUUCGCAGGGAAUUGGCCAACUUAUGCCCGGCCUGUAAUUGAUGGCGUGAGCAGCUACUUUGCGGUCUUCUUCUUGCUGUAUAUAACUUUGAUAGUAUUUGCCGUAAUAAGAGUGAUUACUGCCAUUUUCUUGAAGGAUACGUUAGACGCAGCCAGCAAUGAUGCUGAACAUCUUGUUGUCGAAGCUUGGCUUUGGUUUUGGAAGGUCCCAUGCUAUCGCCUGAUUGGCUCCAAAACCUUUUUCAGAUAG